GUUUUCCUUUUGUAUGUUCAGUACACAUCAGUUUAUUUUGGAAGGCCCCUCAAAAAUACUACAUCAAAUUCAAAUGUCAAAAACAUCUGUUUUGUAAUCAGUAAAUAAAAAUAAAAUAAGUCUUUCUGUGUUUGGUUUAUGUGUUUUUCUGAUUCAUUCUAUUCAAAUUAAUUUACAAACUAUAAUCUAAAUUGUGUUGUGCCUGAAAUGUAAUUAUUGCGUUUUGCUCAUUAAAGAUGUCAGAAUCUAAUGAUUACAUGAGUGACUCUGAAUGUUCUGAAGAUGAAAUUGAACCCAAACUGAAAUAUGUCCGCCUUAAUAAUGAUUUACUAAAGAUUCUUAAUACUACUUCAGCCACAUGCAUUGCAGUUCACACAAAGUUUAUUUGUCUUGGAUCCCAUUCUGGCAAUAUUUAUGUGUUGGAUCAUGAAGGGAAUAAUGUAGUUAGUAAAAAGCUCAGAUCCCAUACUGUGAGUGUAAAUCAAAUAUCUAUAGACCAAAGUGGAGAGUAUAUAGCGAGCUGUUCAGAUGAUGGUCGAGUGUUUGUACAUGGUCUGUUUUCAAAAGAAAAUAAUUAUAAUUUAAAUAUUGGUAGGCUGGUUCAAACUGUGGCUUUAGACCCUAAUUUUUGUAAAAGUCCUACAAAUAAGAGAUUUAUUACAGGGGAUGACAAACUCACACUUUAUGAAAAAGCCUUUCUUGGAGGCCUAAAACCUACAGUUCUAUGCGAAAGUGAGGGCCUUGUAAGAAGUCUCUGCUGGGGUGAGCAUUUUUUAGCUUUUUCCAGCAAUAUUGGGGUUAGAGUCUAUGAUAUGAAUGCAAGGUGUUCUUUGGGACUAAUUAAAUGGGAAGAACACCCAAGCAUAUCAAUUGACAAAUUUCGGUGUAAUCUAAGGUGGGCCGAUAGCAGAACGCUUCUCAUUGGUUGGGUAGAUACAGUGAGAGUUUGUGUUAUAAGGAAGAGAAGCAAUAUAGAGCUAGCUGUUCGGGCCUUCCCUGAGUAUUUAGUUGAUCCAGUUUCUACAUUUCAAACUGAAUUCUACAUAAGCGGAAUAGCACCCCUGGACCAGCAACUUGUCUUAUUGGGUGUUCCUAAAGAACAAGAUGAGAACAAUAAAAGUUUACGUCCACAACUGUACAUAGUAGAAUAUAAGGAUAAUGAUUAUAGUGAUAUUUGUACUGAUAGUUUAACUUUAAGAGGAUAUGCAGAAUAUACUGUAAAUGAUUACCAUUUAGAAGUUCUGUUAGAAGAAAAUGUGUUUUUUAUUGUUGCUCCAAAAGAUGUUGUUAUAGCUAGUCCAUAUGAUUUAGAUGACAGAAUUCAAUGGUUUAUUCAGCACAAUAAAUUUGAGGAAGCUUUGGAGAUACUAAUGCACAAUGAUACAAGAAAAGUACACAAGCACUCAAUUCAGUCAGUAGGGAUAGAUUAUUUAGACCAUUUGCUCAGUAAACGUGCAUUUGAUGAAGCCGGUAGAUUAGGAUUAAAAAUAUUUGGUAAAAAUCCUUCUUUGUGGGAAGACCAAAUUUAUAAAUUUGCCAGUGUCCACCAAUUAAGGGCGGUUAGUCCAUACAUUCCAAGAACUCUCGAAACAAAAUUAAAUGCACAUAUUUACGAGAUGAUUUUAUACGAAUAUUUAAAACUCGAUCCCCAAGGAUUCUUGCAGUUAAUUAAGGAGUGGGAUUAUGGUCUUUAUAACGUAUCUGCUGUAAUAAAUGCCGUAUUGGACCAUAUUUUAUAUGAUAAAAAUAAUCACGACUUAUUUGUGGAGUCUUUGGCGAUACUGUAUAGUUAUGUGAAGAAAUAUGACAAGAGUUUAUCCAUGUACCUCAAAUUAAAACAUAAAGACGUGUUUCAACUUAUCCAAAAACAUAAUUUACACAGCGUUAUACAAGACAUGUUAAUAGAUCUGAUGGACUUAGAUUAUAAAAAAACAGUGGCUUUAUUACUAGAAAAAAAUAAUAUACCUACCGAGAAGAUUAUUGAAAAACUUAGACCCAGUUCUUUACACUUAUACAGAUUUUUAGAUGAGUAUGACAAAAAAAAUGCCAAAGGAAAAUACCACAAAGAGCUAGUAGAAUUAUAUGCAAUUUUUGACAGACAGAAAUUAUUGCCGUUUUUAAAACGAUCUGCCCAUUAUCCAAUACAGGAAGCACUAGAUAUCUGCCAAAAAAAGAAGUACUACCCUGAAAUGGUGUUUUUGUUAGGUAGAAUCGGUGACACAAAAGAAGCCUUAGACUUGAUAAUAAACGAACUGAAAGACAUGCAGUAUGCUAUUUCUUUUUGCCAUGAACAUGACGACUCGGAUUUGUGGGAUGACUUAAUCAAUCAUUGUAUAGAUAAACCAGAAUUCAUCACAUUUUUACUUCAAAGCAUUGGAAACUACAUAGAUCCCACAGUGUUAAUACAAAAAAUUACACCAGGAAUGGAAAUACUAGGUCUUAAAAACUCUUUAGUUACUAUGUUAAACCAGUAUAACUUACAGGUCUCAGUACAAGAAGGUUGUAAAAAAAUUCUAGUCUCAGAUUAUUUUAAUCUACAAAAAAAACUGGUGCAUGUGCAUCAGAAGGGCACAGCGAUAUCUAGUGACGUUGUAUGCGGAGGUUGCCAUUAUAAACUUUUACAAAGCGAAAAGUCCAGAGGGGGCAUAAAAAUGUUUAAUUGCAAACACGCCUUCCAUGUUUCCUGCUUAGCAGUCCACUCAAAUGUCUGUGUAGUGUGCUAUCCGUGUGAUGAAAGGAAUUAAUUUGAUAAUAUAAAGAGUAUGCAGAUACGUGUCGACCCAUGAAACGAUCCUGGAACCUGCGUUUUUCCCUUCAACGUUAAACUCGGAGGCCAAAUGUACGACGAAUUUUUUUGGCAACAACUUGCUUUGUUCCAUAAGAUACAUUUCAUAAUUUUUUAACUUCUCUUCUUCUGUUUCUCCCUUUUCCCGUUCAGAAGGAGACAACAUCGAUUGUUGCAAGCACUCUAUAACCCAAAAAUUAACCAGUGCUCGCAAGUGAAAAAUCUGACUGAAGAACCCAUACCUUGUUUGAUUUUUUUUAUCCUCUCCAAAAGAUUUUUAUUACUUUCUGUGGCGCUUUUCUGUUGAGAGGGAGGAAAUCCUUUGGCAAUUUCAAUUUUAAGACAUAGCCCACCAACAGGCUUAGGUUUCAUUGUUUUACCAUCUCCAGAAGCCGCUGGUUCAUCGAUGUUACUUAUGAUAAGAGCUUCCCGAAAACAUAGUUGGUGUAUAAGAGCGUCAUCUAAAAAAUAGUACACGCUAUUUGUGCAGUCACGUUAUUGUGUUUUUUAAACAUUAAUGUAAAACAUUUUCCCCUUAUUAUUAGCUACAGUAUUGGCCAUAAUGGUUAAAACUUAAAGAAUAAGUUUAUUGAAAUCAAGAAGUUACAUAAAAGCGGGAUAAAAUACGUGGAACACAAUUAUUUCUUUAUUAACUCUAUUUCUUAUAAUAUUGGUUAGUAUGAUAACACCUAGCUUUAGCUACCGUUUGCAUUCUUUUAGGCAUGGAAUUGUUCUGUUUUGAAAUUUUUUAGUCGCGGAUUUUGCUUUUGAUUUUGAUCCAGCACUUUCCACAUAUUUUUGAUUGGAUUUAAAUUUGAACUUUGUAUUGGCGACUUUAAUACAUUAUGUUUUUUUGCCCAAACCAUUUCUUCAUUAACUCUGGUUAGUGCUUAGGAUCAUUAUUGGGUUAAAACAUACAAUUAACUGACACUUACUGUCCCGACUUGAUUUUGAAACCGAUGCAUUUUUCCUACCACUUUCUAUAAAGGUCCUGUACCAAGACUAGGGUCCCCAUACCAUCACGUUACCCCACCUACAUAUUAAAUGGUUGGACGAAUUUUUAUUAUAAUCUCUGACUCUUUGGUUGCCGAAAGAACCAAUUGUAUUUGAAUUCGUCGCUGAAAAGUACCAUUUUCAACCCUGCGCUAGUCAACUAGAUCCAGUAAGGCUUUCCAGUGCUCUGGUCUGGAAUCAUAAUCACUUUGUAUAUUUUAACUAUUUUUGACACAAUAUUAAAUUAUGGAUUAUUACUAUGAAUUUAAUUAACCUAAAAAGUUGAAUUAAAGAGUUUUUAAGUAUUUUGACCAGACAAGAAAUGAAAACAUUUGUUAUUGACCAAGAAAAGAGAUGCCAGAUAUUAUUGUUGGGGAUUUUAUUUUGUAGAUUUAUUACUAGUUUGGAUAUAGUUAUAUAUUAUUUAAAAUACUAAGAGUAGAAACCUAACAGUUUCAACUAUUACGGCCAAUACUAUAUACGUUAUAGCUAGGAAGUUCGUUAAAUUAGCAAGUGUAUACAGGGUGUCUCCUUUUUCAUACGGACAGUAUUGCUAUCUCCUAUACUAUAAAAGAUACGAGGGCGGUUAAAUUAGAAAAAAGUUGCGGCAUUUUAUUCUGAUUAAAAAAGUGUAUUUAGAUUUUUUAUGCGACGUUUCGUCUUUAGAUAUCAUCAACUUUUUUUUUAAAUACGGACCUGGAUUUUUUAUUUUAUAGUUAAAAAGAAUUUUUAUUUUCCUUUUCAACAAUGUAUAACUUAAAUGUCUGUCUCGACGUUUCGGUAUAAAAAUAGCAGUUUUCAAGCUUUUUUCUUUAAUACGGACCUGAUUAGUAUUUACAAAAUUAAUAUACGGCAGAUUUGGGUUGAGUUGGGUUAGCUGCUAAUAUUAUUCACUAACAUCAAUUGCGGCUGAUAUUUUUUUAUGUGGUUAAGAAAAAAAUUACGAUAUGUGAUUAGUUCGAUAUUAAUAUUCGAUAACGAAAAUCUAUUUUUAAAGCUGCAUGGAGAGCCACCUUUAAUGAAAAUGGAAUCGUGCUUGCCGAAUGGUUCAAACUUUAUAACAAUGUCAGAUUUAUUACGGCUGUGACUUAUUUAGGUAGGCCAUGAAAACAAAAAUAUUAUUAUUAUUAAUUACAACAAAAUUAUUAAAAUAUUACUUUGAUAUUUUAACGUUUUGCCGUAAGUUAGUUUCUUAAAUUAGUUUAAAAGCUUUGGUUGUUUCCUUAGCAAUUUCGUAGUUCAAUAUUAACAAAAUAAAUACAAGUUGUAAAAUGGUACGGUAUAGUGAUAGUGAAAAAAAGGACAUGUACGAUGUUUUUAUAAGAUGUUAUCGAAAGGUUGAUGAUGCAGUAAGGGAGUAUGCUAGAUUAUAUCCAAACAGAACUGCUCCAGCGCGAAAAACUUUUUAUUUGGUUUCAAGAAACCUCACCGAAUUUGGAUGUGUAUCAAAAAAACGCGGAAAAUACCGUGCCAAGAAUACACACAACGAUGUUAAUGUUUUAACUCAAAUUCAUCUUUAUCCGGAGUCUUCAUUAAGAAUUAUAGGUUCUGAAUGUGGGAUACAUCCUUCAGUGGUCGGAAAAAUUUUAAAGAAACAUAGGUAUCAUGACUACAAGUUCCAACCGGUUCAGAAACUGCAUCCAGGUGAUUCAGAACGCAGACUUAUUUUCUGCCGUUGGUAUCAAGAGAUGUUAAAUGCAGACCCGGAAAAAUUAAAUAGAAAGAAUUUAAGGUCCUUUUAUUUUAGGUCCGGAAUUAAAAUAAAAUUUCCUUUAAUUUUAGGUCCGUUCAGCCUUAUUCCAAUUAAAGCCCAGAUAUCCCCCCCCCCCCCCCUCCCGCAACAUAAUAUAAGAGUAUUUUCUGCAAGAGUUGUCAACAAUUCAAGAAAUGCCCCCUUCUCGAUGAAAUUAAGCAGCUUCAAAAUGUGUUUGGGUGUAGAGCCUUAUAUGUGAGCUUAUUAGUGAGCCAAUACUUAGAUCAUAAGAGAUGGACAAACCUGAAUCUUGUAAACUGUGAAAAGCUGUUACGGUGUAUAUCGCCUUUUCGUUUUAAAGACAGCCUCAUGUUUUUGAAAUUUUCAGCUGUUUCCAUUAUAUAAUGAUGCCAAGAGACAUUACUUUUAACUUUCACACCUGACAAUCCAACUGAUGAAGACGCGGCAAAGUAAGCUCAGACACAAUAAGGCUUGGGGAGGAAGCGAGAGCCUUCUUUGUAAAUACAACAGCCUGGGUCUAAGCUGCACUAAACUUAAUUAGAUUGCAAUCACCCACUCUAAAAAUGUUGUUCGGUCGGCAUUAAUAGUUGUUAUCUAGUCACGUCUAUGGCACUGAGUGAAGGCUGAAGUCAUCUUGUUAGGAGACUUGAAGGAAGACAAUGUAGCCAUUAACAAAGCUGUAAACUGGAUUAGAAGUUAAUAUAUUACAAAAAGGUGGUAAAGGACAAAAUGCAUUCGUAAGAAAUAACACCGUUCAUUUAAAUUAUCUGCGAAGUGUGUCUAUUACUAAUAAUCUAGAUGGGUGGGUUUUCGAGAAAGCUUCAAACCCAAGCAACGAGAGUUUGUGGCAAACCAUCACAAUUCAGUUUGUUUAGAAGUUUCAUGCCAAACCCUAUCGAAUACCUUUAAAUUGCACCGGAUUCACAUCUUUCGAUAGCCUCAGUUCAAACAUGCGUGACGCAGACCUGUGUUUUCGAAAACCAUACUGACAGUCGCUAAUGAUGGUGGUAAACUCCAGGGUUAUCUUGGCGAUUAUCGGAAAUAAAGAAUUUUGUCUAAUGCCUACCAAUUGUCUUGUUCUUAAGUAUUUUAGCUACACACCUUCUGAUCCACUAUAUGCAAGAUCCUUAUCAUAGGGCAUUACAUUGUCGCGUAACUUCGUGCUUACUUUUAAUUAGGUGAUUGGCUACUAGGUAACACCGAGUUGAAGACAUAUCUCCUCUCUAUGGGUAGUCCCUAGUCGCUAUUGUUGUAACAACCUCACUAUUAAGUUCGGAAGAUACAUAGCGCUGCUACAGCCUCAUGGUUUUUGAGUGAUGUUCAGAGAUAUUUUGGUGCGCAAGCCUUUCCUUUUUCUUAAGCGCCCUCUACCCUUCUCACAAGGUGGUAAAACCUUAAUAUUUUUGCACAAGCUGUAGUCUUUCAAGAUGCUUCUUUUAUGUAUCGAGCAAUAAGUCUCUUUAUUUUCUUAAGUAUAAAACUCGUAAGAUUUCUCUGCUGUGUAUUGUAUCGUGUGAUUUCUCUGCUGUUUAUGAUACGCGUGACUCUUGUCGGUCAAAAAAUAUGGUUGUUAUUCUGAUGCAAUAGGAAAGUCCGCAGAAUGUUUUAAUUUUAAAUAAAUACAUACAUAGAUGUCAACUGCUUUAAAAACUAAUAAAAAUUUAAUAAUAACUUUAGACACUUAAGAUUAAGUACCGACGGAGCAAGGUUUCUGUUAAUUUUAAGUUAUUAAUAUGUAAUUAAUCAAAAAUUAAGAAAAACGUAAAUAAAUAGACAAAUGAU